AUGAGUGCUGAAUUGAAAGCUUUACAAGACAGUGAAACAUGGAGCAUAGUACCAAGACCUCUAAAUUCUCAUGUAAUUGGGUGCAAGUGGGUGUACAAAGUGAAGUUGAAUGCAGAUGGACAAAUUGAAAGAUAUAAAGCUCGCUUGGUUGCAAAAGGGUAUAAUCAAAUUGCAGGUUUUGACUACAAAGAGACUUUCAGUCCUGUAUCUAAGCAAACAACAGUAAGAGUAUUCUUUGCCAUAACAGCAGCUUUCAAUUGGCAUCUAACACAGUUGGAUGUGAACAAUGCAUUCUUGAAUGGAGAUUUAAAGGAGGAGGUGUACAUGGACAUACCACCAGGAUAUGAGAUCCAAGGGGAGUAUCCAGAGAAUGUGAAAUUGGUCUGCAAACUUCAUAAGUCACUAUAUGGCUUAAAGCAAGCAUCUAGGGAGUGGAAUGCCAAAAUCAAGUCUUUUAUUAUACAAUAUGGUUUUAUUCAGUCCAAUGCAGAUCACUCACUGUUUACUAUGAAGACAAACAAUGGUGAGUUCAUUGCACUCUUAUUGUAUGUAGAUGACAUAGUAGUAGGGAGUUCUUCAAAACAAGCUGCAGAUGAUGUGAAAUUGUUCCUAAGUUCACAUUUUAAGCUCAAGGAUUUAGGAACAGUCAAAUAUUUUCUCGGGUUAGAAAUAGCAAGAUCUCCUGAAGGUAUCUCCAUAUCACAAAGAAAAUACACUUUGGAUCUCUUAGAAGAACAUGGGUUGUUAGGUGCAAAACCAGUCUCCACUCCCAUUGAUUAUAAUCAGAAGUUAGUCAAGGCUCAAGAUGAAGAGAAGCUUAUCAAUUCAACAAACUACAGACAAUUAGUUGGGAAAUUACUGUACCUCACAUUCAGCAGACUAGACAUAGCAUAUGCAGUUCAAGUAUUGUCACAGUUUAUGGACAAGCCUAGUCUUGAACAUAUGAAUGUAGCUCACAGGGUGCUAAAAUAUCUGAAGGGGUCACUUGGCCAAGGUAUCCUAAUGAAGUCAGAAUCAAAUUUAAUGAUUGUGGGAUACUGUGACAGUGAUUGGGCAGGUUGUCCUAAUUCUAGGAAGUCAGUCACAGGAUACAAUAUGUUCAUUGGAAAUUCUUUAGUGACAUGGAAAUCUAAGAAACAAUCAGUGGUGUCUCGAAGCUCAGCAGAAGCUGAGUACAGAGCAAUGGCAUCAACUAGUUGUGAAAUUAUCUAG